UUGAAUCGUCACAAGUGACGUCAGUAAGAGAGUCGAAAUGUCUGCAGAGAAGUGAUGACGAAGUGAGGUGUUUAGAUGUUUUCUUCUUUCCGACGCUUGUAUUAUUUUGAAUGUUAUUGUUUUUCUAAGUAAUAAACUCGUUAAAUAUUAUACAAUGGAUGAACGUUUUGAGUAUAAAAGACGUUAAUGAAACAAUAAUAAUGCCCUAUAGCGCCUGAGCUAUAUUGAAGGAUCUGCAUAAAUCAGAAUUUGAGAGACAGUUGAGAAUUUUUAUUUCUGGAAAGUGAUUCAUCUGAAUGGGCUCAUGUUAUUCCCGUAAGGCAAGUGAGGGAUCUUACAGUUACUCUACAGUCUCAAUGGCUACUAUAAAACAAGAGGAAGCUUCCCGACUAACUAGGCCGACUCCCUACAGCAGAAAUUCUAGCUCUACUGGACUUAAUUUCAAGAAAAAGAUUUCCACAAAACAAGAAAUAAAAAGCUAUCCCAGUCCUUUGAUAUAUUCUGUUAAUAAAACAGGACAAUCUAACAUUCCACGUUUGCAGUCUUCUACUUUGUCUUCUUCAGAAUUUGAAGAAUUAGAUAGUAACAAAUCCUAUUUAGAUCCUAAUUCCAAUACUGAAAACAUUCAUAUAAUGAAUAAUAAUAGUAUUUUAGAUGAUAGUAACAAUAAACAAGAGAUUAACAAAAUGACAGCCAUUCAAAGGCAAACUGCUAUUGAAGAAGGUAAUGACAACUUUCAAUAUGAUGUAAAUAAAAGUUUUGUAGACAUGACAAAAAAUUCAGAUGCUGUAAAAAUAUCUGUCCAAAGUAAAAUUCCUUCCAUUUGUACAGCCCAAAUUACCGGAUUACCUCGCCCUCAAGUUGCACAAAUUUCAAAUAGAGUUGUAGGAAAAAACAUAGAUGAGAAGAAAACAAUAGAUGAUGAUGACAAAACUAAAUCACAAAAGCAUUCAACAUACAUUCCAGUUUGGCAAAAUAAAUAUGGAAGUUCUGAUUCUUCUGAGGGAAUUCGUACUGAUGGUGACAGUCAUGAUAGCUGUGCAGCUGAAACUUGGGAUUCUGGAAUUGGAAGCAGUUUUAAUGAAAAAGCUAAACAAGAAGAUGCCGAAACUUUAAAAGAUGUUGAACAUUUUGAAUCUUUAGAAAGUUCUCCAAUAUCUCAAAGCAAACGAACUCUUAGUUCAGAAAUUGCUAAAGCAACUGAUAAUUUAUCUGAAUUAAAUGUAUCUGCAGAUAGCAAUCGUAAAAAUAUGGAUGAUGAAAUUGGAGGAAUUAAAAAAUGGAAUAUCUCUACUCCAAAAUAUAAAUAUAAAGGAUUUGGUUUGAAUAAAACUGAUAGUGAUGGCUUCUCACAAAAGUUAAUAUCUGGAGUGAAUAAAAAUAAACUUAAAAAUCUUUCAUAUGAUAAUCAGCAAACAUAUGCUGCCUACAGAAAUACAUUAAGUUACAGAAAAAUUCCAGUUUUGAAACAAUAUACAACAGAUUUGACGUCAUCUGCAAAAAGGAUAGAAGAAUUACGAAAAGUUAUUUCUGCAAAUAAAGAUAAUUCAAACAUUCCUAGAAUAACAAGAAGAAUUUUGAGUGAAGGUAGUUAUUCUCAAAACAAAGAUAAAGGAAGCAGUAUAAAUAAGCAAAUUGAUAACAAAACUGCAAGCAAAAAUACUUCAGAGGUAGCUAAAGAUCCUUUAAGUCCAGAAUCAGAUGAAAAAUCAGAUAGUAGCACUCAGGGAAUAUUAAGUCCUGUUUCAGAACUUGAAAAUAGAGAAUUUCUUAUUGAUGAUGAAAUUGCUGAUCAGCCUGCUCUUAUCUCAUUUGAAAAUGUAAAAAAUAACAGCGUUCCAUCUCUUCAGCAAUCAGUUAAUGAGCUGCAUGUUCUUCAGGCAGCUAAUGGCAUUGAUUGCCAAAGCGAUACAGGAAGCUUCAGUGCUAAACUAGCAAAAGAAAGAGAGAGAGUAAAUUCAGAAGCAAGAGAAAGAGUUAUAUCAUAUUCUGAUUUGGGAUCAUCCUCUUCUAGUCUUGCAUCUGAUGAUUUAAUGAUGGAUUAUGAUAAAUCUAUUGAUACUGUUCUGGAAGAAUGUGACAGUGUUCAGUCUACCACAGUAAAACAUUCUACUACAAGUGAGACUGAUAAGCAGUUAUAUCGGAAAUCAUAUCCAAUGGUAGAAGAGAAGAGAUCACAUUUAUACAGAAAAAAUUCAGGCUCUCUGAGUGGAAAUAAAUCUGUAAGUAGAGCAGAAUGGCGCAAUCGUUCUGCUAGCUUACCUUUACGACCACCUCGUCCAAUGGCAGUAACUGAAAUUGAGGAUGGAAGUGUGAAAUUAGAUGCUUCUUCUUAUCGACUUCUUAGACAAGACCUUAAUGGAAUGAAAACGAUGCUCUUGAAAUUGAAAAGGAUUUUACAUGAGGCUGAAACUCUAAAUCCAUUUGAUCCAAAUCCAAAAAAUAUGUUUUAUCAUAGUUUGGCCCAUAUUGAUAUACCAACAGGAUGUCUUCCAAAUUCAGAAUCUGUUGAAGAGCAUGCACCUUCUGAAAUUGCAGAGGUUAUGCAGGUAUAUUAUUUUACUGAUUUCAUUCUAUUCUGUAAACUGUAAAAUAUGAUUACAUUG